AUGACCCGGGCCAAAUCAUGCUCCAAGGGCUACUCGCCAUGGGCGAGAUGCAAGCACUUGCGAAGGACGUUUGGUCUCAUGGCACCUGGGCCGAGCUUGUCAAGGCCCCUCUCGAGUCCGUGCAUCCCUUCAACGAGGCUGCUUUGCGGAGACCAAGGCGUCAGUCCCCGCGACCUCGUCUUCUUCGCACAGAUGGUUGUUCCAUACGGCGGCCUCCGGGACAUCAACCUAAUCGCGGUUGAGGCCGUCUUGAUCAGUCCGGCGAAUGGCAAAUUUGGCGGCGCGGCCGUUCAUGUCGCCCUCGCCAUGGGGGCGCGCGUCAUCGCCAUGGGCCGCAACGAGACAGUCCUGGGAGAACUUCGUGACCUCUCGCCGGGAAGGGUCGAGACGGUCAAGCUUAGUGGCAGUUGGGAAACAGGCCUAUCCGAGAUCUCUAAACACGGCCUUGUCGACGUCUUCCUCGACCUGACACCGCCGACUGCGUCCAAUAUCGACCACAUUCGCGCAGGGCUGCUCUCUGCCCGUGCCGGUGGGCGCAUGAACCUGAUGGGCGGCGUGCCCGAGAUUCCGAUCUCCCCCCCCGCUCCUCCAAAGACGGGAGUCUUGAAGCUAGGCGAGAAGACGGGGUUGAGGAUUCAAGGCGCUUUUAAGAUGGAGGAGUUUUCCAAAGCGUUGGAAAUGGCGGAGAAAGAGUCCAGUGCCGGUCGAUCGGUGGUGUUCACUCCUAACGAGGAGUGA